CGCUCCGCUCCGGGAGUCCAGCUCGGGGUUUCCAGCGGAGGGCGCAGGAGCGGAGAACUCCUCGUCUCAGUAGCGCUGCUCGGCUCGGCUCCGCUCCAGUCCGGCAGCCCCGCGGCAAGUGGACCAGGAGCGAGACGGGUUCGUGCACAACACGGGAGCGGAUAUCUGAAACGGGACCGAAGUUGCCCGCAGACCCGACGGCGGGACGUGCGCAGAGGGAUGCGAGCCUCACUGGUAACGCUCGUCUGUGUUCUGGCUACUGCCUCUGGCCAGGAGCCUGACCACAUCCAUGGCUGUGCUCAUGGCAGCUGCUACCCAGCAACUGGGGACUUGCUGGUGGGACGAGAGAAGAACCUGAAGGCCUCUUCCACAUGCGGGAUGAGGAGAAAAGAGCCUUACUGUAUUGUCAGUCAUCUUCAGGAUGAGAAGAAGUGUUUCGACUGUGACUCCAGACGGCCAUAUGACCCUGUCUACAACACAAUCAAUCACCGGAUAGAGAACGUAAUCACCACCUUCAAACCUCACCGCAAGAAGUCCUGGUGGCAGUCUGAGAAUGGAAAAUCGGAUGUCUUUAUCCAACUGGAUUUGGAAGCAGAGUUUCAUUUCACUCACUUGAUUAUGACCUUCAAGACUUUCCGUCCAGCGGCCAUGCUGAUUGAACGGUCCGCAGAUUUUGGUCGUACCUGGCAGAUCUACCGCUACUUUGCUCACGACUGCGCUGCCGCCUUUCCCGGUGUCUCCCAGGGUCCUUUGACUAACAUUAAUGACGUCAUCUGCGAGUCACGCUAUUCUGAUAUUGAGCCAUCAACAGAGGGAGAGGUCAUCUACAGAGUGUUGGAACCAGCCAUCAGGAUUGAGGAUCCAUACAGCCCGAACAUCCAGAACCAGCUAAAGAUCACCAACUUGAGAGUGAACUUCACCAAACUUCAUACGCUGGGAGACAACCUGCUGGACCCCAGAGCAGAGAUAAAAGAAAAGUAUUACUACGCCAUAUAUGAGCUUGUCGUACGCGGAAACUGCUUUUGCUAUGGCCACGCCUCGGAGUGCGCCCCCAUCAAGGGCAUCAGGGAUGAUAUAGAAGGAAUGGUUCAUGGCAGGUGUGUGUGUAACCAUAACACCAAGGGUUUGAACUGUGAGCAAUGCAAUGACUUCCACAACGACCUGCCCUGGAGACCAGCUGAAGGACGCAACACCAACGCCUGCAAGAAGUGUAACUGUAAUGGCCACUCAAACCAAUGCCACUUUGACAUGGCGGUGUAUUUGGCCAUGGGUAACGUCAGCGGAGGAGUGUGUGAUGACUGUCAGCACAACACCAUGGGACGCAACUGUGAGAUGUGUAAACCUUUCUACUACAAAGACCCCAUCAAGGAUAUAAGGGACCCACGAGUCUGCGUAGCUUGUGACUGCGACCCGGAUGGUUCUCAGAAUGGGGGGAUGUGUGACAGCCACACCGACCCUUCCCUUGGCAUGGUGGGCGGUCAGUGUCGUUGCAAGGCCAAUGUCGAGGGGCCGCGUUGCGACAAGUGUAAAACAGGCUUCUUUGGCCUGAGUGCUGACAACCCUCAGGGCUGCCAACCCUGCUGGUGCGACCAUAGAGGAACCGUGUCAGGGAGCGCCCAGUGUGACCCAGUCAGUGGAGACUGCUUCUGCAAGCGUCUGGUCACUGGACGCAGUUGUGACCAGUGUCUGCCAGAACACUGGGCACUGAGCCACGACCUGAAUGGUUGCAGAGGCUGCGAGUGUGAUAUCGGAGGAGCGCUGGACAAUCACUGCUCCAUGGAAAGUGGUCAGUGUCGCUGUCGCAGUCACAUGACAGGACGCCAGUGUACACAGGUGGAGUCUGGAUAUUUCUUCAUGGCUCUGGAUCACUAUCUUUAUGAAGCUGAGUUGGCCAAAAUGGGACAGGGCUGUGUGCUGGAGACCAGGGAGCACCAGUCGGGUCGCCCUGCAACCUGGACGGGCAUUGGGUUAUCCCGGGUACCUGAGGGUGGCACCCUGGAGUUCCUCAUCAGUAACAUCCCUUACUCCAUGGAAUAUGACUUGCUUAUUCGCUACGAGUCACAGAUGCCACGGGACUGGGAGGAGGUGCGAAUAACCGUGAUCCGUCCAGGGCCAAUUCCUACCAGCAGCCCCUGUGGAAACACCAUCCCAGAUGAUGACAGACUCACUUUCUCCCUGCCGGCUGGAGCCAGGUUUGUGGUGAUUCCUCAGCCUGUGUGUCUGGAGAGGGGUGUGACUUACAGCCUCCGCUUUGAGUUCACACGCUAUCAGGAUGCCAACAGUAUCCUUAACGGAGCAGCCAACGCUGUCCUCCUUGUGGACUCAAUCGCUUUGAUGCCACGCCACUCCUACAUGGAGAUGUUCAACGCAGGGGAUCCAGCCUCGAACAGCAGGAAGCAGACCUAUGAGCGGUACCGAUGCCACGACGGGGCGAAGAGUGUGGCCCGCCCACUGAUGAGUGACACCUGUGCCAAGCUAAUCACCAGCAUGUCGGCCAUCAUAAAUGAUGGGGCUCUGCCAUGUAAUUGCGACCCUCAGGGGUCCAUCAGCUCCAUGUGUGAUGUCCGCGGGGGGCAGUGUCGCUGCAGGCCCAAUGUGAUUGGUCGACGCUGUGGACAGUGUGCUCCGGGAACUUAUGGCUUUGGACCCUCAGGCUGCACAGCCUGUGCUUGCAGCUUGGCAGGCUCCGUGACUCGACUCUGUGACAAGUUCACUGGCCAAUGCCAGUGCCGUCCGGGAGCAUUUGGUCAGCACUGCGACGGAUGCCAGGCGGGUCACUGGGGUUUUCCCAGCUGCCGACCGUGCCAGUGUAAUGGACACGCAGACCAGUGCGACCAGAGGACCGGAGCCUGCAUCAACUGCAGGGACAACACUGGGGGAGACAAGUGUGACAGGUGUGCAAAUGGCUACUAUGGUAACCCAGUUCUGGGCAUAGCAUCCAGUGGUCAGUGUCGUCCGUGCCCCUGUCCAGACGGGCCCAACAGUGGACGCCACUUUGCUGCAUCUUGUUACCAAGACAACCGUAACAGACAAAUUAUCUGCAAUUGUAACCAGGGCUACACAGGGAUUGUUAAACGCUCCGGAGUGACCAUUUUUAAGCGUGCUCGAUGUGAGGAAUGUGCCCCAGGUUAUUAUGGCAACCCCUCUCAGCCUGGAGGGCGCUGCCGGCCGUGCCAGUGCAACAACAACAUAGACAUGUCAGACGUGGAUGCAUGCGACAGGCAGACCGGAGGGUGCAGGAAAUGCCUCUACAACACUGAAGGCCCCAACUGUGGCAUUUGCAAGAGUGGCUAUUUCGGGGAUGCUUCCCGACGCAACUGCAGGAAGUGCAUUUGUAACUUCCUGGGUACUGAACGCAGCCAGUGUAUGGAGCGUGAGGACUGUGUGUGCCAGCGCACCACAGGCCAGUGCCAGUGUCUUCCGAACGUCAUCGGUCUGACAUGUGACCACUGUGCCCCCAACCACUGGAACCUGGCCAGCGGGAGGGGCUGUGAGCCCUGCGGCUGCGACCCCAACAACUCCGUCACCUCCUCAUGUAACGAGUUUACCGGUCAGUGUCAAUGUCGUGACGGCUUUGGAGGGAAGACCUGCACAGACUGUCAGGAGAACUACUGGGGAGACCCCAGGACACAGUGCAGAGCUUGUGACUGUGACUGGCGUGGCAUUGAGACCUCUCAGUGCAACCGUGUGACCGGCCACUGUGUUUGCCAGCAGGGGGUGUCAGGUGUCCGCUGUGAUCAGUGCGCCAGAGGCUUCUCUGGCCAGUUCCCCAACUGUCAGCCCUGUCACCAGUGCUUCGGGGACUGGGAUCGCAUUGUGCAGGACCUGGCAGUGCGUACCAAGGCUCUGGCAGAGCGUGCCCACGAGAUUCAGACCAGUGGGCUUACUGGGGCCUAUGAGAAGGCCUUCACAGACCUGGAGGAGAAACUGGCACGAGUUCAGGGAAUUGUUAAUGCACGCAAUGCCACUGCUGCAGCCGUCACUACUCUAAUGGAGCUUAUUGAAGAUCUUAGAGCGCAGAUCGGUGAGACCACCGACACUCUGAACCGUCUGGAGGGAGACCUAACCAUCGUACAAGACAGCAACUCCGAGGCAAGCAAGGAGCUGAGUGCUCUGGAGAGAGAGGCUAAGGAACUAAACCUCACUUCAGAGCAGCUACACCGCCAACUGAAUAUCCUCAAAAACUCUAACUUCCUAGGUGCGUACGACAGCAUUCGUAGCUCCUACAACAAGUCUCAUGAUGCUGAGCGGCGUGCCAAUGAAUCAACAACCACCAAGCCCAGCACAGUCAGCCAGUCUGCAGACACCCGCCGCCGCGCUGAGCGCAUUAUUGCCGCCAAGAAGGACGACUUCAACCGUAAAAAUGCAGCUAACAAGCGUGCGCUGGGAGACCUCAACACCAGAGCACAGGGCCUGGACAUGCAGAAGAUCAAUGAGAAGGUCUGUGGCGCCCCAGGUAAUGCUCCAUGUGGGGAAAGCCCUUGUGGGGGUGCAGGCUGCCGCGACGAUGAGGGCAACCGUCACUGUGGAGGCCUGAACUGUAACGGCGCUGUAGCAGUAGCUAACAAUGCAUUGGAGAGAGCCAAACACGCAGAGAAGGAGCUGAACAAAGCUAUGGGAGAGGUGGAGGGACUCUUUACAAAGGUGGCAGAGGCCAAGACCAAGGCAGAGGAGGCCAAGGGUAAAGCCCAAGCAGCUCUGGACAGAGCCACAGCCACCAAAAACAAAGUGGAGCGCUCCAAUAAUGACCUGAGAGAUCUCAUCAAACAGAUCAGAGACUUCCUCACUCAGGAGGGUGCGGAUCCAGACAGCAUUGAGGCUGUGGCGAACCGCGUUUUGGAGCUCUCCAUCCACGCUUCACCCCUCCAGAUCAGACAUCUUGCUGAUGAAAUCAAGGAACGGGUUCGCAGCCUUUCGAAUGUGGACGCCAUCCUGGCGCAGACGCAGAAUGAUGUCCGCAAGGCAGAGCAACUGCUGCUGGACGCUAAGAGGGCAAGGCAUCGUGCUGAGGGGGUAAAGACCACAGCAGAGACAGUCAAACAGGCCUUGGUUGAUGCUAAGACUGCCCAGACAUCAGCAGAGAAGGCCAUAGCGAGAGCCAAAGCUGACAUUGACAUGACUGAGACCCGACUGGCACAGAUCGAGUCAGAGACGUCCAACAGUGAGAAGGACCUGAACAAUGCCAUAGACCGCCUGGGCACACUGGGACGGGAGAUCAAUGCCCUGAAGACCAAACGUGCCAACAACAGCAUGGCAGCGGCCCGAGCCGAAGAAACAGCCACCAUGGCACGAGACAAGGCAAACGAAGCCAAGCAGAUUCUAGAUGGCCAGCUUACAGAUAAAUACCAUGAGGUGCAGCAGCGUGCUGACACCAAGGCCAAGGCUGUGCAGGACGCCAAGAAAAGGGCUGAGAGCCUCAGAGAUGAAGCGAAGGAACUACUGAGAGAUGCCCAGAACAAGCUGCAGAGACUAGCAGAGCUGGAAAAAAACUAUGAGGAGAACCAGAGGAAGUUGGAAGGGAAAGCUCGUCAGCUGGACGGCUUGGAGGACAAGAUGAAAGCCAUCCUCAAUGACAUCAACAAACAGAUCCAGAUCUACAACACGUGCCAGUAACUUCUCCAUGUUAUAUGGAAAUGGGUCCUUCAUUGUGUUAUUCUGCCAUUUCCUUCAGAUACAGUAAACUAACAGACUUUGAAUAAAUAAAAUAAAGAAGAUGGCUGGGGUAGUUUCAUCACAUUGCAAGUGAAUUUUCAUAUCUUGUGUCCAAACUGUCUUGGAAGUAUUUAAAAACCGUUGCUAUCAUAUCGUGAUAUAUAAACAUAGCCAUGACUGAACAUGUACCUGUCAUCUGAUAUCACAUAUUUUAUUUAAAUUUUAAUAUGUGCGCAUAAUUUUUGCCUUUAAUUCUUAAAAAUAAUCUGGAGAUGUAUCUGUGUUUAAAUUUGUGUUUUGAAUAUAAAAAAUGAAAAUUAUAUCUCACAAAAGUCAGAUUUGGGUGAAAAUUAUGAUUUGCAAGCUAUAGUUUAAAUUUUUAUUAUUUGUUUUUUUCUUACUUAGAGUGAAAGCUGCAUAAUCAGCAUGUCAUUAUCAUUUUCUCCACCUUUUUCUAUGAACUCUGUUACUACUGGAUGUAUAUUCUGAGCUGUGCUCAUCAAGAAUACUUCAUUUGAAUUGGAUUAGACAGUAUCUUCUUGCAGCAGGAAACCCAAUCUUUGGGUGCAUGAGGAGAUAAAUCAGAGUGAAAAUUUGUUCAAAUUCAUUUUUGGCAAAAAUUAGUAAAAAGUGAAUUGUUUCAGUUUAUUUUAUUUUCAUAUAAGCCACAAUACAGAUACAAGAGAUACUGGACCCUAGUCCCUGUGUAGUUUUAAGCACAUACUUUUUCAGUAAGGAUGAAGAGAUGAACAAGGUUGUUGCAUUCAUGUGGAUUUUAAAUUUAGUAUUUUCAGAUAAAAACCACACCUACUGUUGUGCUAGGAUUUUUUUUUUACAUGUAUGCCUUUAUAAAAAUAGCAGAAAACAAAUGGUAUGAUAUGACCAUUUAAUAUGAAAAUAAAAUGAACUCGGUAAGCCAAUAAAUGUUCCCACGAACCACCUCUGCCUGCUGUAGGAGUAUGGCUGUACGCUGAUACUACACAGCAAUAAUGUGGAGAGCACUGUAAGCUAACAGCGUACAGUUGAUGUGAUGCGUACAGUGAUGCACAGAUUGUGAAUGUUCGUUCAUCAAUUAUACUGUGAUGGCAUAGGUACGAGCUGCAGUUAUUGUUGUCUCACUGAAGUGACAUAGUAUUCUACAGUAUUUACAGUGUUUAAUUGUGCCUUAUACUGCGCCAGUUUCUUGGACAUUUAACACUGUGCUGUUUGUAUGACACUUUGACUGCAGUCAACUUCAACUGCAGUACAUCUAGAGUGCACAUCCCCCGAGGAGUCUCUGCACACUUUACAGGUUAAAAUGUAAACACCAGACACACAAGUACAUGUAAAAUUGAUUGACAUUAAUCUAUCUACAGUAAUCUAAUUCUUGAUGACAGCUGACAGACAUUAUUUAUUCAUCUGUCUUUAUUGAAUUGAUAAAAUACAAUACAAUGUGUUUUAGGAAAUAGAACAAACCAAAACUAACUAGCUUUCCACACAUUUCCCCCAGCCCGCCUAUCAGCUGGCAGCUACAUGAUUUUGAAAACUAAAUGCCAAAGCAAAAAUACCAAGAGGCUUGUGUAAUGUUUUACAGUGUACAGUUUUGUGAAUAAAGCUUAA